CUCGUCUAUUUCUUAACCAAUUGCUAUUUAUAUACUGAAAACCAUUGCUGGAAAAAAGUCCUCAACUCCAAAUUUGCCAAACACCCGAUACCAAACGCCGGUAUAAUUCUCACACAGCGCAUCACGAUCGUCGACGGCAUGUGCUCCCGAGUCCGCGCGACUCGAUUAGAGAACGGCAGCCUACUUUGCCUCUCGUAAUAGUCCAGCGCAAUCAGAUGAAUCGGCGAUGCCACGACUUGCGACAGCACGGGAACCGUCAGCUGCGUGACUGUCGCCUUGGCAUGUGGGGAAGACGUGACAGAGUCCGGGAUCGCUGCCGAUAUCCAGUUCGGGAGCGUAAACGACCCGAAGAUGGUGACGGCGUCUCUGACGAGGAACGUCGCCGUCGCGGCUCUGGGAAGCUUGCGUGGGGCCGCCACCACUGCUGCCUUUCCCACCUCGGGAGCGGCGCCGGAGGAGGAACCAAAGAUCUCUGCGAAGCGGAGGUCCUUCCACACCCCGAGGGGUACGUUGACGAGGAACGUGGAGGCAAAGGUAGCUGUGCUCGCUGCGGCAGCUGCACCAUCGAACCUCUCGGCCACGGUGGUGGCGGCGUUGGCUGUGACGAUUGUGAUUGCUGGAGAGAUGAGGAUUGCGGAGAUGGUGCCAGCCGCGAGGUCACCCGCCAAGUUUCCCCAGACGGAACAUGGUUCGUGGUCGUUGUGUACCAGACCUUGUUGAGUCUCGAGACGAGUCAUUCUUACGAGUGUUUUGGGUUCAUCACCGAUAAUCACCUCCUCAAGGACCAAGACGAGAUCUUUGUGUACUAUUUUCUAUCUUUGAGCUUUAUACCCAUCAAAUCAAUCAGAAUGCAAAUCCGCAGCGUCAUUAGGUCUGCGAGACCAGUUGGAUCUUUGAGAUCAGGAUUGCGCCCUACCACAGCCCCCGUUGCUCUUACGCAAAGAAGGACGAAGGCAACUGCGCCAUUCAGACUUCCCGACCCCAGAAACGAGCCCAACCCCACAUACACAAAGAACUCGCCCGAGCGCGCAAAGCUCGAGGAGGCCCUCAAGAAGCUGCGCACCCAGCUGCCCGCCAAGAGCGAUCUCUUCUUCGACGGCCAGACCCAGGCUGCGGCCAAGUCCUUCGACACCGUCCUUCCCUCCGAGCACAAGACCAAGUUCUCCAACUUUCCCCUCGCAUCGAAGGAGCAGGUUUCGUCAGCAAUUGAGUCGGCGUUGGAGGCAAAGGAGAGCUGGCAGAACACCCCCUUCGUCGACCGUGCUGCCAUCUUCCAAAAGGCGGCAGAGCUCGCCGUGACCAAGUAUCGCUAUGAGCUCAUCGCGGCUACCAUGCUCGGCCAGGGCAAGAACAUGUGGCAGGGAGAAAUUGACGCGGCUGCUGAGUUGGCCGACUUCUUCAGACUCAACUGCAACUUCGCGGCAGAGAUUCUCGAGAAGCAGCCCACUCGUGGCUCUGACGGCAUGUGGAGUCGCCUGGAAUGGCGUCCUCUGGAGGGCUUCGUCUACGCCAUCUCCCCCUUCAACUUCACUGCCAUUGGUGGUAACCUCAUCUCUGGCCCCGCAUUGAUGGGCAACGUCGUUGUCUGGAAGCCUUCGCCCAGCAACAUCUACGCCAGCCAGAUCCUCUACAACAUCCUCCUGGAGGCUGGCCUGCCCCCAAAUGUCAUUCAAUUCGUCCCCGGUGACGCCGAAGAAGUGACCGACGUUGUCCUCAACCACCGUGAGUUUGCCGGUCUCAACUUUGUCGGCUCCUCCGACGUCUUCCGCUCCUUGUACGCCAGAAUUGGCGAGGGGAUCGGAAAGAAGACCUACCGCGAGUUCCCCCGCGUCGUUGGCGAGACUAGCGGCAAGAACUUCCACCUCAUCCACCCGACCGCCGACAUCGAGCACGCCGUCAACCACACCAUCCGCGGCGCUUUCGAGUACCAGGGCCAGAAGUGCUCCGCCACCUCCCGCGUCUACCUCCCCGAGUCCAAGGCCGAGGAGUUCAUUUCCAGCUUGAAGUCCAAGGUCGAGGAGAUCACCAUCGGAAGCCCCGACGGCAAGCUGGAUGCCUUCAUGGGUCCCGUCAUUCACGAGCGCUCCUUCAAUAAGAUCAAGAACAUCAUCGAUGAGAGCAAUAAGGACUCUUCUCUUAAGCUGGUGGUCGGAGGUACCUACGACGGCUCCGACGGAUACUACGUCAACCCCACCGUCUACGUGGCCAACUCUCCGGACCACCGCCUAUUCAACGAGGAGAUCUUCGGCCCCGUCCUGGCCAUCUCCAUCUACCCCGAUGCCGAGUGGUCCUCCACCCUGAAGAAGGUCGACCAGAGCGGCGGCGGCUUCGCCCUGACCGGUGCCGUUUUCGCCAACGACAGACGCGCCAUCCGCGAGGCCGAGGAUGCCCUGCGCUACUCUGCAGGCAACUUCUACAUCAACUGCAAGACCACCGCUGCCCUGAUCGGCCAGCAGUCUUUCGGCGGUGCCCGCGCCAGUGGCACCAACGACAAGGCAGGAAGCGCAGACGUCAUGCGUCGCUUCGUCAGCCCCAGAUUGAUCAAGGAGGAGUUCUUCCCUCAGACUGAGUUCCUGUACCCCAGCAACAAAUAAGUGCAGUGUGUGGGAUACCGAAUGGGUUACGGUCACGGUUGCAUGCAAAAUGGCGCAUUGUGUAAUUUAGGGAUAGUCAAAAAUAAAGAAAUUUUAC